CCCAGACCCCACGCCUUUUUCAUUUUCAUCCAUUCUUCUCUGUUCUUCGUCUUCGUCUUCUUCUCUCCUAGGGUUAGGGUUUUCUUUGUCCUUUUCGUCUCAGCUUUUGCUUUUUCACUCUCUGAGCUUCAAUGGCACAGCAAGACGUCCAGAACGGAGAAGGCGAGAAGGUCGCGCCAGCUGUUGAGAUCAAGGCCGUGCUGACUCAGCUGGUGGUUCCCAAGGCCGACGACGCUGUUAAGUUCUACAAGGCUGCUUUCGGUGCUGUGGAGCUCGAGCGCUCAACUCACCCCAAGCGCAAGGCGGAGCAAGAGCGCCCGCUCAUCCUCUCUGCUCAGCUCAAGCUCGGCUCCUCCACAUUUCUCGUCUCUGACAACACUGAAGACUCCGGCGAGCCCGUGAAUGUUGUGGGUUCUGGUGCCAUUGCUCUCUGGCUUGAGACGCCUGACAUCGGAGCUGCUGUAGCCAAGGCCGUGCUGGCCGGAGCUGUCUCUGAGGGAGAGAUAACAACUGGCGUUUUCUCUGACCCUGAGCAGCCUGUGGGGAAGGUCAGGGACCCUUUCGGCUUUCUCUGGUUCUUUACCAGCCAAGUUGCUAAGAAGGCAUCAGCUGAGUCGGAAGCUCCCGUCACCGUCUGAUCUGAUCUGAAGUUGACCCAAUCUCAUGAAGAUCCCACGGUUCCGGUGUAAUCUUUUGGUUUUUUGUUUGUUUUAAUCAAGUUGUGGGACCCUUUAUCUGGAGGAAAUGUGGACCCUUUAGCUGUUAGGUUUAGGCUGAUCCUAGGCGUAGCGUAGCUUGCCUUGAAUAUUUUGAACAAUUAAUCAUGGUCUCGGGUUAUUUUGAACAAAGGAAAUAUGAUAUGAUCAGUAUUAUCUUGUUUAGUGA